GCAUCAUGGUGGCCGUGAUGGCGGAGGAGAAGAAGACGAAGGAGAUGAAGACGACGAAGAUGAAGACGACGAAGAAGAUGAAGACGAAGAAGAAGACGAAGAGGAGUCAGUUGAAGCUGGUGCCCGAGCCGCAGAUUAAAGAAGCGGUUCAGACGCUCCUGAAGCAUUCGGGAAUUCAGAAAAAUAUGCUCUUGAAUGAGGAUGAGAAUAUAUUUUUAGUGGUGACGUUGUGGAAAAUACCCCAAGAAAGAAAGAAAAUCAAAAUACCCCUGCCUUUUAAUAUUCGACCUGAUACAGUUGAAAUUUGCCUGUUCACCAAGGAUGAGCCCAGGUUAACUCCGGGACAAACAGAAAACUACUACAAAAAACUUUUGAGACAGCAGAAUGUCAACAUUAGUCAGGUGAUGCCCUUUGCGACUCUAAAAAGAGAAUACAAACCAUACGAAGCCAAGCGUCGCCUCCUGAGUAGUUUCGGCGUCUUCCUGUGUGAUGAGAGAAUCGCGCGGCUUCUGCCCUCACAUUUAGGGAAACAUUUCUAUCUGCGAAAGAAAGACCCUUUACCUGUAAACCUGAAGAGCAGUAGGCUGGCCGAGCAGUUGCAAAAAGUUAUCCAAGGAACUUUGUUGACCAUCUCUAAUCGCGGCUCUUGCAGUACGGUGCAGAUCGGCCACACUGGAAUGGAGAUGAAGGAGAUUGUGGCUAAUGCGAUUGCCACGAUACAAGUGCUCUCAGAGAAGCUGCCAGAGAAAUGGAAAAACGUAAAAAUGGUUCACAUGAAAUCAGAAAAGUCUGUCGCACUUCCCAUCUUCUCUUCCUUUCUCAAUUCCAAGGAUCUCACACCACCCACCACCGCUAAAUCCCCCAAAAAAAAGGAAACACAAGGAAAAAAGAAAGCGAAGGAAACAGGAACCUCCAAAGAGAAGGCCGCUCGCCGCAAGGUGAAGAAGCAGCGCGGGGCUGCGGUUCCGUCUGACACCGGCCUGGAAAAAGAACGGGAAGGAAAGGCCAAAACCACAGCAGUGCAAGAACAGGAGCCCGAAGAGGAAAUUCCCCAAUUAAUUCCCAUCCAGUCAGGGCCCGCUAAGAAGAGCCCCCAGAAAGCGAAGCCUGAAGAAAAAUCGCCCAAAAAGAGUCUCGGGGUCCAAAGUCCUCAGAGUCCAUCUUCCAGCCAAAAGCGGAAGGUUCCCAUGGCUGAGCUGUCUCCGGAAAAGGCGAAUCAAGGAACGGCCCAGCUCAAUGGCCCAGCCAAAAGCCCAGACAAGAAGCCAAGGAUCUCAGAAGUGACCGAGAAAGAAACCCCUUCUUCUCUAAGGAAGGCAACCCCGAAAAAGACUCCCAGAAAGCCAGAGGCCGGCUCCUUGGCUACGAACAAUAGCCCAGGCAAGAAGCCGAAUAUCUCAGAAGUGGCCGCGCAAGAAACCCCUUCUUCUCUAGGGAAGGCAACCCCGAAAAUGAUUCCCAAAAAGCCAGAGGCCGGCUCCUUUCCUACUCCUAACGAAAGCCCAGAAAAGAAGCCGAAGAUCUCAGAAGCGGCCAAGCAAGAAACCCCUUCUUCUCUAGGGAAGGCAACCCCGAAAAUGAUUCCCAAAAAGCCAGAGGCCGGCUCCUUUCCUACUCCUAACGAAAGCCCAGACAAGAAGCCGAAGAUCUCAGAAGCGGCCAAGCAAGAAACCCCUUCUCUAAGGAAGACAAACCCGAGAAAGACUCCCAGAAAGCCAGAGGCCGGCUCCUUGGCUACUCUUAAAGAAAGCCCAGGCAAGAAGCCGAGGAUCUCAGAAGUGGCCGAGCAAGAAACCCCUUCUUCUCUAGGGAAGGCAACCCCGAAAAUGAUUCCCCAAAAGCCAGAGGCCGGCUCCUUUCCUACUCCUAACGAAAGCCCAGACAAGAAGCCGAAGAUCUCGGAAGUGGCCAAGCAAGAAACCCCUUCUUCUCUAGGGAAGGCAACCCCGAAAAUGAUUCCCAAAAAGCCAGAGGCCAGCUCCUUUCCUACUCCUAACGAAAGCCCAGAGAAGAAGCCGAAGAUCUCGGAAGCAGCCAAGCAAGAAACCCCUUUUCUAAGGAAGAGAAACCUGAGAAAGACUCCCAGAAAGCCAGAGGCCGGCUCCUUGGCUACUCUUAAAGAAAGCCCAGGCAAGAAGCCGAGGAUCUCAGAAGUGGCCAAGCAAGAAACCCCUUCUUCCCUAGGGAAGGCAACCCCGAAAAUGAUUCCCCCAAAGCCAGAGGCCAGCUCUUUAUCUACUCCUAACGAAAGCCCAGACAAGAAGCCGAAGAUCUCAGAAGCGGCCAAGCAAGAUACCCCUUCUCUAAGGAAGACAAACCCGAGAAAGACUCGCAGAAAGCCAGAGGCCGGCUCCUUGGCUACUCUUAACGAAAGCCCAGGCAAGAAGCCGAAGAUCUCGGAAGUGGCCGAGCAAGAAACCCCUUCUUCCCUAGGGAAGGCAGCCCCGAAAAAGAUUCCCAAAAAGCCAGGGGCCAGAUCCUUUGCUACUCCUAACAAAGGCGGGAAGCUGAUGAAGUCAGCCAGAAAACCUCCCCGUACCCCAAGGCGAAAGCCCACGAAGCCAAAAGUGCCUCAGUCAGCCUAGAGACUUGGCUUUUGAAAGGCUCGGUCGGAAAUAAAUGUUUUUGUUGUUGCCCUAGCCCUUUCCCCAUAUGAUGGCUAUAAUAAUGAUGAUGGCAUUUGUUAAGCGCUUACUAUGUGCAAAGCACUGUUCUAAGCGGUAGAGGGGAUAC